GCGAUGCGCACUGAGCAAGUGCUGCUUCGCUCUCAGGACUGCCGUGAGGAUGGAUGGAGUUUUUGCGUAACGGAAAAGCGAUGGGUUUCCCUGCUCUUUACCAACCUUUCUGGCACGUUUUUAAAAUCCAGAGGAGGGACAUGAUAAUCAGGGAGUUGUUUGCGGAAUUCCCAAAUUCACAGACUGUAGACUUGAUUUCAACAACAGAGAGGUUUCACGUGAUGAUGCUUUGUAAACUUUACGCGUGUGGUAACCUCGUAGCCAUUUAAACAGCUUCCUCGCUGGAUCGAUUUCAUUUAUUUCCUAUAUUGCCAAGGUAGGUGAAACGUUGAAAUGUCUGACUUCCACAACCGGAGCCAAACCAGCGCACGUCGCAGUGACUACGUGUGGCAGUAUGAAUAUUAUGAUGACGAGGAGCCCGUGUCUUUUGAGGGACUCAAAGCGCACAGAUACUCCAUCGUCAUUGGCUUCUGGGUCGGACUGGCCGUGUUUGUCAUUUUCAUGUUCUUUGUCCUCACGCUGCUCACAAAGACAGGAGCGACACAUCAAGAAAACCCAGACUCUGCUGAAAAGCGUCAUCGACCAGGGAGCUGUCUGGUAGACAUCAGUGGUUCCCAGGAGGAAAACGACAAAGCCUUUUCUCGCCCAUUGCUAGCGGAGUCCCACUCAUAUUUUCAUUUCUAUAUCAACGAGGAGGAUAAGGGUGAGGGGAAGCAAAAACCAGAGGAGAAAAGUGUUGCAAAGCAUUGCGGGGCCGGAGCCCAGCAGGCAACCUGCAGGGGACCCAGAGGCAGCAGCUCCUCAGGGAUGAAUGAUACGGAAGCGGACACUGAGGAAGCCGGGGGCCACAGACCUCUCAACGGACUAAUAGAGGAGAGUAAGACAGACAGAGAGUGUGCCUUCCUGUCUCACUUCAACAUCCCAAACUUUGUGAACUUGGAGCAGAGUUCAGCACUGGGAGAGGAUGAUCUGCCGUACGAACCGUCCGUCAUACUGGAGCGCCGGUCUCACUCUCAGGAUGCUCACUGUGACAUCCACUAAGGCUGUUUCUAUACAAAGAGAUGACAGGCAUGGGCAGAAUGCCUUUGUUAUGUUAUUUGCUUUCAUUUCAAGGGGUCAUUAAUGGCCUGGCAGAGGGAAACAUACUCACCCGCCACACAUCUACCUUUCCUCCCAUAGCUUCUCUGCUUGGAGUGUUUUUAGGUUUUUCAACAAAGGGUACAAAGGAUGGCCAACAAUUCUGUAUUAAGUGAAACACAUUUAUAAAAUGACUUUUCAUCCCAAAGAUAAAAUAGCUUCACAAAUACUACCUUUAACUGCAAGUACUGAGCUCCACUGAAUUGAAUGUGGCUGUACUGUAUCAAGACAUGAUGACUUUCCGCACAGGGACAGAUUAAAAAAAAAGGCACCAGGGAGCAAUGCUUUGUAGAAUUCAUUCAGAUAUCAUUUCUGUCUUAUUCUCUUCUGAGCAUAGUAGGCAGUGGAUCCUAUCUCUCCAACAAGAAACAAAUGCCAGCGGCUCUGCCAACAAGAUUAAAAGCAGAGAAUUGAAUUAAUUUUCACUCUAACAUGAAAUGCCUUCUAUUACAAAAAGGUGGAGUGUUCUUUAACUGUAUAUUAAGUAACCUAGUCUAUGAGACAGGUAACCUGGGAGCUUGGAUGAUAAUGUGAUAUUGUACUUUUGUAGUCAGAAUUCUGUUCAUGGCCCAAAUAAAGCCUACCUGUAUUCUUUUGGAAAUCAACUCAACAUUGAUGUGGUGUAGCAUUUGUUAACAUUAAAUAAUGGCUAUGAAUUUGAAUCUGUGUCAGCUGUAAUAACAAUAUACAAAAACUUAAAGCUGCACUGAUCAUUAUUUUUUAAAGUGCAAUGAAUCAAAUGACUCUGUGUGAUGUGAGGGGACUGGAUAUUGGACUUACAAACUCCUCCAGAUGAAUGCUAAUGUUAAAAUGUUAUGUCAUAUCAACUCUAUAAAGUGGUAAUAUUUCAGUGUUGUGUUCACGACUUGUAGCGAGAAGUAGCCAAAAAAGUGAAUGAAUGCAGGUUUGAGUUAUGUCGUCUCAAAUUUUGUUUCACCAUGGUGACAAUAAAGUAGAAUAUCUAUA